AUGGCUCGCCUCCACUUCUCGAGGUACAGCGAGGACGCAGACAGCAUCGAGAGCGACAAUGACAACACAGGGUUCAACCAGAGUCGAGGACUGCCAGCCCUGAACCGGAGCGCUGGCUUCGAGCGCGGACUACGGAUCGACAAUGCGCAGGUCUCGGCGAUCCCGAUCCUCAGUCGCGUGGACAACCCGCUUAUGAGCUCGGUGGUGAUAAUGAAUGGAGCAGAGUCGGGCAUUGACAGCCCUGGAUGGAGGAAGGCGGAAGCAGAGAACGAAGGAGGAGGUGGAGGAGGAAGAAUGCUGCCGUUCCCAGCACUGUCCAGGAAGUUUGAGGUGAAUUUGGUCUCUCGAUGGCAUAUCGGACUGCUAGUGUCCACGGGGUUUGCUGGUCUGUUGAUGAUGUGCCUCAAGCGCGGCGUAAUGCCGCUUCUCGAGCACGAACUGAGGAUGCAGCCGUACCAAACGGACGCGGUCUCCGUGCUGGUCAUGCUUCCGUGGUCUUACAGCUUCCUCUGGGGCUUCAUAGCGGACGCAGUGCCUAUUCUCGAGUCCAGACGCAAGGCGUACAUUAUUCUCGCGUGGAUGCUGACUAUGCUGGCGUGUUUCGGCAUGGCUCUACUGGACCAGUUCAUUUCGUACCGAGCGGAGGAAAACGACGUCACCACAGCAGAUAUCCUCAAGCAUGCCGACUCGCUCAUGAACUUGUACAUGCUUUUCCUCAUGCUCGCGAACUUCGGCUGCAUUGUAGCACUGGUGAUCGGGGAAACCUACGUCAUCGCUCAGUCUCGACGCGAGCGCAUGACUGUACGAGGAACUGCACUCGGCACGCUGCUAACGACUCAAUUUGUCGGCGAGUUGGUCGGUCAAUUGAUCUCCGACUACGCCAUCUUCGACAUCACCAAGGUCGAGUCCACGCCCAAGGUGACCAUCCGCCAGACUAUGCUGUUCUGCGUGUUCUACACGAUCGUGCCCCUGAUAGCACUCUGCACCUGCUUCUUCGAGAAGGCCGACCCGCCUCCGAUCAACAUCGCGCGUGACCGCUACAACCGCGUCACGGUCGGCAACCUGGAGACGUCAGCGUCCGAGCUCCAGCGAGCGUACAUGACUGCGGCUAAUUUCUACCAACGUUUGAAGCUCGCUACGCGUGGACACUGGAAGCGCCUGCGCAGUGCUUUGGGCAGGGAGUCGACGUCUCGCGUGACGAACUUCUUGAUCGGCUUUAUCUUCCUCGCGGAGUUUUCGCUCACGUACCCGACGAAUCGACUGGAGGAGUGGUGUGGCAUGAACCCACGAUACGAAUCCAUCAGCCGCACGUGGAUGGAGGUGUUCUCGCUGCUGCCGGCUAUUCUGUGGAAGUACUGCUUCCUCAACUUCGACUGGCGCUGGAGCGUCUUCGGCAGCUUCGUGAUCAUCACCUUGACGCCGCAGUUCGUCUUCUACCUCAUGGCCACGCUCAACCCCGGAGCGAGGAACAUCACCAUCUACGCGGUGGUGUCGGCGCUCACAGGCUUCCUCCGCAGCUCGAUGGUGAUCCUCGAGUUGGCCAUCGCCAUUGAGAUCGCGCCGGUGGGUGGGGAAGGCGCCUUCGUUGGUAUAAUCGUGUCAAUCGCCUCGAGCAUGCGGCUCAUGGCCAACACGUUCUCGAACGUCAUCGGCUUCAUGUUCAACGACCAAGCCGCAGCCAACGGCAGGACGGACCCGGACCGGAUGCAGGUGGCGUUCGCCUUUGUGCUGUCACACAUCAUCCAGAUCCUCGGCCUGAUCGCGCUCGUCUUCCUGCCCAAGCAAAAGCGGCAUCUGCAGCGACUGCAUCGCUUCGGCACCAAGGACGACAAGCGGACGGCCUGGUGGAUCCUCGGCUGCCUCGUGUGCUCGUUCAUCGUCAGCACCGUCUUCAACGCGCUGGCGAUCUCACCCAGCACCUCGUGCAUGGGUAUCGUAGGGGGAAGUGGGUGUUGA